CAUAUACGCAGAGGAAAAUGCAAUAGACUUGUAGCUAGUUAUUAGCUGGCCGAGAAAGGAGGUGAUGAGUUAGCCAAGUUAGCACUGGGACGGAGAAGCCUGUUUCUUUGUGAGGUUGAAAUGGAAGCACAUACAUAUGGUGCAGCAGUGGUUGUCCCGACCAACUGGAGUGUGGUUGUUACUGUCAUUGGCAUGCACAUUGAAUAACGGAGUGCAUGCAUGCGUGAAGCAAGUGAAGCGUUGCUGCUGUGUACUGUACUACUCGUCCUACAAGGCUAGAAGCAGAAAGUAAGAGAAAGCAAAUGUGAGUGUCAAAAGAUGAUGCGUGCCAUCAUCGUUCCAUGCAUUGGUUCACCACCAUAGGAGGAUGCAUUGGUCAUGUAUGCCAACCACAAAACCACCGCUGUCUAAUGACUUUGUAGCUAGCUAGCAGGAAUGCAGGAUCUUCUUUUUCUUUGUAACAUGAUCUCUGUAUCCCCCCUGCUUUCUGCUCUGCACCUCCACCACCACCUGCUACUGCUGCUCCUAUAUAAAGAGACCCUUGCAUAAGCAAUUCUAAUCAAUACUGAAGCAGAAGAGAGGAGCAAGCAAGCAUCCGGCAUGUCAACGUCCUCAGUGCUCCUGAUGACCCUGCAGGUUGCUGCUCUUCUCCUCUGCUGGCUGCUGCAGCAGACAGUAGUUGCCAAGGAGCAGUACCAUGAGUUCGUGGUCCAGGAGGCGGCGGUGACGAGGUUGUGCCGGAAGCACAGCAUCAUGACGGUGAACGGGCAGUUCCCGGGGCCGGCGUUGGAGGUGAGCGAGGGCGACUCCCUGAUCGUGAGGGUCAUCAACCGGGGCGGCUACAACGUGACGGUGCACUGGCACGGCGUCCGGCAGAUGCGGACGGGGUGGUCGGACGGGCCCGAGUACGUGACGCAGUGCCCCAUCCGCCCUGGCCAGAGCUUCACCUACCGCUUCACCGUCGCCGGGCAGGAGGGCACCCUGUGGUGGCACGCCCACAGCUCCUGGCUCCGGGCUACCGUACACGGCGCCCUCAUCAUCCGCCCCCGCUCCGGCGUCCCUUACCCCUUCAACGCCGGCAAGCCACCCGCCAGGGAGAUCCCCAUCCUGCUCGGGGAAUGGUGGGACAUGAACCCCAUGGACGUGGUCCGCACCGCCACCCGCACCGGCGCCGCGCCCAACAUCUCCGACGCCCUCACCGUCAACGGCCAGCCCGGCGACCUCUACAGGUGCUCCUCCAAGGACACCACCACGUUCCCCGUCAGGUCCGGCGAGACCAACCUGCUGCGCUUCAUCAACGCCGCGCUCAACACGGAGCUCUUCGUCUCCCUCGCCGGCCACACCAUGACCGUCGUCGGCGCCGACGCCUCCUACACCAAGCCCCACGCCACGUCGGUGCUCAUGAUCGCGCCCGGCCAGACCACCGACGUCCUCGUCACCUUCGACCAGCCGCCCGGCCGGUACUACCUCGCCGCCCGCGCCUACGCCAGCGCCCAGGGCGUCCCCUUCGACAACACCACCAGCACCGCCAUCUUCGACUACGGCGGCGGCAGCGGCAGCGGCAGCCCCGCGAUGCCGACGCUCCCGGCCUACAACGACACGGGCACGGCGACGGCGUUCACGACGAGCCUGCGCGGCCUGCGCAAGGCGGAGCUCCCGUCGCGCAUGGACGAGAACCUCUUCUUCACCGUGGGCGUGGGGCUCAUCAACUGCUCGGCGGCGGGCCAGCAGAGCUGCGGCGGGCCCAACAACACGCGGUUCGCGGCGAGCAUCAACAACGUCUCCUUCGUGCUGCCGUCCACCCUGUCCAUCCUGCAGGCGGCGCGCUACCAAGGCGGCGGCGGCGGCGUGUUCAGCGCUGACUUCCCCGGCACCCCGCCGGUGCAGUUCGACUACACGGCGCAGAACGUGAGCCGCGCGCUGUGGCAGCCGGCACCUGGCACCAAGGUGUACAGGCUCAGGUACGGCGCCGCCGUGCAGGUGGUGCUGCAGGGCACCAGCAUCUUGGCCGGCGAGAACCACCCCAUCCACCUCCACGGCUACGACUUCUACAUCCUGGGCGAGGGGUUCGGCAACUUCAACGCCGCCAGGGACACGGGCAGGCUGAACCUGGAGGACCCGCCGAUGAGGAACACGGUGGGCGUGCCGGUGAACGGGUGGGCGGUGAUCCGGUUCGUGGCGGACAACCCGGGGGUGUGGCUGAUGCACUGCCAUCUGGACGUGCACAUCACCUGGGGCCUCGCCAUGGCCUUCCUCGUCGAGGACGGCGUCGGGGAGCUGCAGUCUCUCGAGGCACCUCCACCGGACCUCCCGCUCUGCUGAAUGAGCCAGCAUUAACAGUUUCAGAUUCAUCUCGUCUGCUUAUUGCCUGAUGCUGAUUAAUUAUUUGGAAUAUUCCUACUGUAACAAUUCACAGGAUUAUUUAUUACAAAUCACAGCCUAGCUCUGGGCAUCAAUCAAGACAUAAACAUUGCCAAUUUAA